UCUUCUUCUUUUUUUUUUUUUUUUCCAAAAGCCCAUUGUAAAUUUUAUUAGAUUUUUUUGUUACUUUUUUGUUUUUACUUCAUCUCCUUUCUCUUUCAAUGUCCGUUGGUAACAGACGAAAGUUUCAGACAUAACACACAAACACACACUUCUCUAAUCUCUCUCUCUCUCUCUCUCUCUCUCUCUCUCUCUAAGCAAUCAAGCAGACAAAGACAGUGAUGAUAUAAAAGCCAGGAAAAAGGAGGAUCACUCAUCGUUUCAUCUCAUGAAUCUCUCCGCCGACCAAGCUCCCGUCGCCGACGAAAUAGCUCAGCCGGCUCAACCUCAUCGCUUAUCAACAUCAUGUGAUCUCCACCCAGAUGAACGUUUCUCCGGUUUCUGCCCUUCAUGUCUAUGCGACCGCCUCUCCGUCUUAGAUCACACCGCCGCUCCGCCUCCGUCUUCUUCCCGGAAACCUCCCACUAUCUCCACCGCGGCGUUGAAAGCUCUCUUCAAGCCCUCCUCCUCUAGUGGUACCAACAACAACAACAACAACGCCUCCAAUGGGAACGGUCGGGUCCGACCCUGUUUCUUCCCGGAGCUCCGGCGUACUAAGUCGUUUUCAGCCAAGAACAACGAGGGAUUCUCCGGUGGGUUUGAGCCGCAACGUCGGUCUUGUGACGUCAGGCUCCGUGACGAGCACAGAAACGUUCCAACCAAAGAAGCUGACACCGUCGGUAAAAUCGAGGACGAGACUAGGAAGUCUAGCGUGAGUGAGACAGUGUUAGAAGUUAACGAAGAAGCUGAAAUCGAGGAGGUAGAAGAAGAAGAACAUGCUGGUCACUCUGAGAUCGUGAAAGAUUCCGACGAGAUUGUGGAGGAAGAAGAGGAGGAACUGAAGCCAAUGAAGGAUCACAUGGAUCUCUACUCACAGACGAAGAAACCGUCGGUGAAAGAUUUCGCCGGUAGUUUCUUCUCUGCGGCCUCUGUUUUCAGCAAGAAGCUUCAGAAAUGGAGGCAGAAGCAAAAGGUUAAAAAGCCUACAAGCGGCGGAGGACGGCCACAGUCCGAGAUCGGAUAUGGCCGGAAAUCCAGCGACACUGAUCCGAGAUACUCGCUUGACGCGGGGAGAUUCUCCGUCGAUAUCGGUCGGAUUUCGCUAGACGAUUCUCGCUACUCGAUCGACGAGCCAAGAGCGUCGUGGGACGGUCACUUAAUCGGCAGAACGACGGCGGCUAGGGUUCCUCCGCCGCCGUCGAUGCUAUCAGUCGUGGAAAACGCUUCGGUGAAUGUGAAUCGAUCAGACAUGCAAGAACCGUCGAUUAACAAUGAAUCGGAUCCGAUAAUCAUAAUCCCAGGCGGAUCGAAUCAAACGCGAGACUACUACAAUGAACCUCCGUCGUCACGGAGACGUAAGAGCCCCCUCGACAGAUCCAAUUCGUUUAGAAAAAUUGCGACGGAGCUAGACGAUGCCAAAUCGUUGUCGAAUUCGAAGGUUUCACCGGCGAUUACGAUAGAUUCGAACUCCGUGGAAACAGAGGAGAACAGAGUGAAUCAAAAUCAAAACGGUGAGAAGAAAUCGAGACGGUGGGGGAAAUGGAGCAUUCUAGGGUUAAUAUACAGGAAAGGUGUUAACAACAAAGACGAUGAUGAUGAAGAAGAAGAAGAUAGGUAUAGCAGAUCGAAUAGUGCCGGAAUGGCGGAGAGGUCUUUAUCGGAAUCAUGGCCGGAGAUGAGGAACGGAGAAGGAGGACCGAAGAUGAGGAGGAGCAACAGCAAUGUGAGCUGGCGAAGCUCCGGCGGAGGAUCGGGGAGGAAUAAGAGUUCGAGGUAUUCGUCUAAGGAUGGAGAGAACGGGAUGUUGAGGUUUUAUUUGACACCGAGCUGGAGAACAGGUGGUGGCGGUGGCGGUAGCGGCGGAGGCGGUGGUGGGUGGGAGAAGACGGCUGCUAAAGCUAAUAGUCACGGCCACUCUAUAGCGAGGAGGGUUAUGAGGCUGUAUUGACCAAAUUGUCCCUCUUCUUUUUUUAUUUAAUUGGGAUCUUUUGGUUUGUGGUUGAUAAUUUUUUGGGUUUAUCUAAAUUUUCAUUGUGAAUAAAUUGGUUGUCUACUUAACCGGACCAAAUUAGAAACGGGUUAUUUUCGAAACUGUGAUAUAUAUGCCUCUCUCUAAACCUAAAGUAGUCGGAAUUUUUUGGGCUAUGCUCUCACUCCGCCGCCGUCUUCCACCACAUCGUCCGACUUAUGAUUGGUUGGGUUCUUCGAGCUGAUUCGGUUGCAAGAAUGCAAGUUCGAACCAGAAGAAGAAGAAGAAGAAACCGAUUGAGAAAGGCUGGCAUAUUGAUAAAGCUGGAAUGUGGGUGAUGAUGCAAUGUAAGUGUUUGACGAAAUGUCUGAGAGAAGGCAAUGUAUACUCUCUUGCCAGCUUAGCUUAAGUUAUUGAACAAGUAAAUUAGUCGAGGCUCGAGAUUAGUUAGGUGAUAUGUGUAGUCUCUGGCUAGCUGAGCUUGUUCUCUCUGUUUCUUAGCAUCUAAACUCAAGCUGCAUUCGUAUCCUCUUCUUUUUAUUUCAGCAACUAGCUAAGUCUGAGUUCGAGCCCUUGCUCUGUGUAUGUGUUAUCAAGAUUGAAUCUUUUAAGUAGCUUAAACAAACAACUCUGGGUUUCAAAUAAAAAUGGUUUUUGCGUGAGCAGCAUAAGCAUCUAAAUGACACACAUUGGUCUUGGUGGUUUGAGUAAACAUCACUGAGAUCUAUUGUGUUCCGAUGCAAAAGCAAAUGUAAAAGUAGCUUGACGUAUCAAGCCCAAGUGUUAAGUUUCAAACUUGGGUCUAUUAAUCAAGUUAUAUGAUCUUUGUUGCCUCAUUCUAUUUGUUGCUGCCUUUUCCCU